AACAUUUAGCUUUUUAUAGUCCGUUAUUAUACUUGCUCUAAUAGUUAGCUCUUCGCUGCUAAUGUAGGAUUUACUUAUCUCUCUCAUAAUUUUUUUUUUGGUUUUUUGUGUCUAAACUCUAAACCCGUUAAGUUUGUAACCGCCUCCCUCCUUCAACUGUCUCAGCAGAUUGUGCAGCACCGUGUUCUCCCUCCCUUCCCAAUCCCCUAUCCCGUUACUUUCCCCGGCUCCACCCCAAACCCUAAUACGUCAUGGCGCUCACUACACGGGGCGGCGCCGGCGGCGGGGAUCCCGCGAAGGCGCCGUCCGCCUCCGACCCCAGCCUCGGCUUCCUCACCAAGCGCGAUACCGAGGUCAAGCUACCCCGCGCAACGCGGGUCAAGAACAAGACCCCCGCGCCGAUCCAGAUUACGGCCGAGCAGAUCCUCCGGGAGGCCAGGGAGAGGCAGGAGCCUGAGAUCCGCCCGCCCAAACAGAAGAUCACAGACCCCCACGAGCUCUCCGAUUACCGCCUCCGUAAGCGGAAGGAGUUCGAGGACGUCAUCCGCCGCGUGCGCUGGAGCGUCUCGGCAUGGGUCAAGUACGCGCGGUGGGAGGAGCAGCAGCGAGACUUCGCGCGCGCGCGCUCCGUCUACGAGCGCGCGCUCGACGUCGCCCACCGCGACCACACGCUCUGGCUCAAAUAUGCUGAAUUCGAGAUGCGGAACCGGUUUGUCAACCAUGCCCGGAAUGUCUGGGACCGCGCGGUGUCGCUCCUCCCCCGGGUGGAUCAGCUCUGGUACAAGUACAUCCACAUGGAGGAGCUGCUUGGUGCAGUUGCCAAUGCGCGCCAGGUGUUCGAGCGCUGGAUGUCUUGGCGACCCGACACAGCCGGCUGGAAUUCUUACAUCAAGUUUGAGCUGCGGUACGGGGAGGUCGAGCGUGCCAGGGCUAUCUAUGAGCGGUUUGUAGCUGAGCACCCAAGGCCAGAUACCUUCAUCCGCUAUGCUAAGUUUGAGAUGAAGCUCGGCGAGGUCGAGCGGGCACGGCGGGUGUAUGAGCGUGCAGCAGACCUGCUUGCUGAUGAUGAGGAUGCUGAAGUGUUAUUUGUGGCAUUUGCAGAGUUUGAGGAGAGGUGCCGCGAGGUCGAGCGAGCACGUGCAAUAUACAAGUAUGCUCUAGACAGGGUGCCCAAGGGUCGUGCUGAGGAACUGUAUAGGAAGUUUCUUGCAUUUGAGAAACAGUUUGGUGACCGUGAGGGAAUAGAAGAUGCCAUUGUGGGCAAGAGGAGAUUUCAGUACGAGGAUGAGGUUAGGAAGAAUCCACUAAACUACGACUCAUGGUUUGAUUAUAUCAGGCUGGAGGAGAGUGUUGGGAAUAAGGACAGGAUCAGGGAGGUGUACGAGAGGGCCAUUGCCAACGUGCCCCCUGCAGAGGAGAAGCGAUACUGGCAGAGGUACAUAUACCUCUGGAUUAACUAUGCACUCUAUGAGGAGCUAGACGCACAAGACAGAGAACGGACAAGAGAGGUUUACAAGGAAUGCCUGAGGUUGAUUCCUCACAAGAAAUUCACGUUUGCAAAGAUGUGGCUCAUGGCGGCCCAGUUUGAGAUACGGCAGAGAAAUCUAAAGGCUGCAAGACAAAUUCUUGGAAAUGCAAUUGGAAUGGCCCCAAAGGGCAAGAUAUUCAAGAAAUAUAUUGAAAUUGAGCUUUAUCUGGGCAACUUUGACCGUUGUAGGACUCUUUAUGAGAAAUAUAUUGAAUGGUCCCCAGCAAACUGUUAUGCCUGGAGGAAGUAUGCCGAAUUGGAGAAGAACCUUAGUGAGACUGAUCGUGCUCGAUCAAUAUAUGAACUUGCUAUUGCACAACCAGCCCUUGAUACACCAGAGGUUCUGUGGAAGGAGUACUUGCAGUUUGAAAUUGAUGAAAAUGAAUUUGAGAGGACAAGGCAACUAUAUGAGAGACUGCUUGAUAGGACAAAACAUUUGAAGGUAUGGAUCAGUUAUGCUGAGUUUGAGGCCUCUGCUGGCUUGGGCGGUGAAGACGGUGAAGACAAGGAGAAAAAGAAUGAAGUUAGUUAUCAGGAGCAGCAGAUGGAGCGGGUUCAAAAAUGUAGAGCUGUCUUUGAAAGGGCAUUUGAUUACUUCAGAACCAGUGCCCCAGAGUUGAAGGAGGAAAGAGCUAUGCUUCUUGAAGAAUGGCUUAAUAAGGAGGUGAACUUUGGUGAUCUUGGAGAUGUCAGCUUAGUGCAAAAGAAGGCACCAAGAAAAGUCAAGCGGAAGAGACCAAUCCCUACAGAAGAUGGCUCCACUAUAGCAUAUGAGGAGUAUAUAGAUUACAUUUUCCCUGAUGAAGUUGCUCUAGCACCAAACCUGAAGAUCCUAGAAGCUGCUUACAAAUGGAAGAAGCAAAAAACUGGAGAUGGCGAUGAGUGAUCCUGGCAUCUUAGUAUGGCAUUGUCGUGGUUCGUGAGCAUUUUGCCACAGCCAAAAUCAGAUGCCCUGCAACACUCUGGCCAGAGCUAUCGGAAUGAGAAUAGUCAUUUUUUCAUGUCACAAAGGAUGUUGUUGCUGUUGAAAAGAAUCCUGCGAAUUACAUUUAACUUGUAACUGUAUGGGCUGUAGUUUGGUGGCCAUGAGUUGCUUCCAUGCGUCGGAACAAUGAGGGCUACACAAGUCGAGAUGGUGUAUGGGAGUUUGUCUUGCAAUUGCAAAGGUAUCUCUCCAGUCUAUGCUUUUUAUGAAGUCAGUAAACUGGGCGUCUUCGACUUCAAUCGCUGGCCAUGCCGGUCACGCUGGUGUCCAGGGUUCAGUUGGAGGGCUUGCAGUUGCAGAAGAUCCUACCAGCAAAACGUCAUCUUCAGUGCCUAGCAGCUCUGUUUAUUAGCCAGUGAGGCUUUUGGUUCCUAAUAGUCUGUUGCCAAGUUUGGUUCUUGGCAGAGCUAAUUUAUUAGAAAGAAAAACAAGAAAAGUACAAGACAACCAAAAAAAGCAAAAGGAAAGGGAAGGGGGACAGCUAUAGUAAAGCGAAGAAAUCAUGUUCUUUUAUGUG